UUUCCGGUCGGAGCUGCGGCGGRGAAGGGAGGGAGCGCGAGAGGCUCCGGCGCCGCCGCCAUGGCUUGCGCUCGACCGCUAAUAUCCAUCUACUCYGAAAAGGGGGAAGCAUCAGGCAAAAAUGUCACCUUGCCAGCUGUGUUCAAGGCUCCCAUUCGCCCUGAUGUUGUGAAUUUUGUUCACACCAAUUUGCGCAAGAACAACAGGCAGCCUUAUGCUGUCAGUGAACUUGCAGGUCAUCAGACCAGUGCUGAAUCUUGGGGUACUGGGAGAGCCGUUGCUCGUAUUCCUAGAGUACGAGGUGGAGGAACUCAUCGCUCUGGCCAAGGUGCCUUUGGAAAUAUGUGUCGUGGAGGCCGCAUGUUUGCCCCAACGAAGACUUGGCGACGCUGGCACCGUAGAGUGAAUACAACUCAAAAACGUUAUGCCAUCUGCUCUGCUUUGGCAGCAUCGGCUCUCCCGGCGCUGGUCAUGUCUAAAGGCCACCGUAUUGAGGAGAUUCCAGAACUUCCUCUGGUUGUUGAGGACAAAGUUGAGAGUUACAAGAAAACCAAGGAAGCUGUUCUUCUCCUUAAGAAGCUUAAAGCUUGGAAUGACAUCAAGAAGGUUUAUGCCUCCCAGCGCAUGCGAGCUGGGAAGGGUAAAAUGAGGAACCGUCGUCGCAUCCAGCGCAGGGGACCCUGCAUCAUCUAUAAUGAAGACAAUGGCAUCAUUAGGGCUUUCAGGAAUAUUCCAGGAAUUACUCUUCUUGAUGUUAACAAGCUGAAUCUGCUGAGACUUGCUCCAGGAGGCCACGUUGGGCGUUUCUGCAUUUGGACUGAAAGUGCCUUCCGCAAGCUGGAUGAUUUAUACGGCACCUGGCGCAAAGCUGCUACCCUGAAGAGCGACUAUAAUCUGCCAAUGCAUAAGAUGACCAAUACAGACCUUGGAAGAAUCCUGAGAAGCCAGGAAAUCCAGAAGGCACUUCGUGCUCCAAAGAAAAAGAUUCACCGUAGAGUCCUGAAGAAGAAUCCACUGAAGAAUCUGAGAAUCAUGAUCAAGUUGAACCCCUAUGCCAAAACGAUGCGGCGCAACACCAUUCUGCGCCACGCUCAAAACCACAAACUCAAGGAAGAGAAAAAAGCAAAGGCACAGGCAAAGGCACAGGCAAAGGCGCAGCCGAAGGCACAGGCAAAGGCGCAGCCCAAGGUGCAGCCCAAGGAACAGGCCAAGGCGCAGCCCAAGGAACAAGCCAAGGCCAAGGUCAAGGCAAAGGCUGCAGCAUGAACACAGUGCAGUCCUUCAUCCACUUAAAUUCAGAAAACUGUACUGUGGAUUUACAGCCAAUAAAUUCUACUGAAACAACAAAAUGUUUCCAUAUUGUUUUGGACAUUCAUGGAUUUUUUGGUGGGAGAAAAACAACAUUCAGCACCUUAGGAAGUUGUUAAAAUGAUGCUAAUAAAGUAGGAUCUUUUAAAGCAUUAUAAGAACACAUUGUAAAAUUGGAAUGCAGGAAACAGUCCCUGAAAGUAGCCAAUACAACAAAAUACUCUGAAUAUUUCAUAUAGGCUGUUUUAUUUUUGUAAAAAGCAAUAUUUUUCACCUGGUGUAUCGUUACUUAAAAUACCAUGUAGUAUUUCC